AUGUCUCUCCGCAAGGCCGUUAAAGACCUCCGUCGAGGUACCUCCAGCAGCGGCAGAACUCCGCCUUCGAAUCCAGAAAGCUCACGGAGUAGUUCGUGUGUGCCGGCAACAACCACAGAGGAUGUCGGUACUUGUCCAGCAUACCAUCCCAUAACAUCCUCUCACAUCCAGCCCUCCGACCCAAACUCAUCACAAAGCUUCUUCGAGGAUACCCACUCCGAUUUCGACUCGGAAGAGGCGCCUCCACCAUAUAUGCUACUCUCCAACGGGGACCGAAAGCCCGAAUACUCGAGGUCAGAUCCUGCUAAAACCACGGACGCCAAUAUUUCUCGGAUGGAUGGUGCACUGUGUCUCCGGUGCAACGCGCGGAAGGCCAAGGCUUGGUAUCUCCGGCAAGCAGCUCGUACAAGCCAAUAA